ACAAGCCGAAAAUCCUCUUCACACUAAAAUUGUGUCGACUAGUACAAAAUAAUUGGGAAUCAAUCAAUACGAGUCAGCCUGCAUGGAGCCGACAAGGUUUCUCCGACUGUUUGAUCCAUGAAAUCCGUUCUCGUUUUCCUCUUUCCAACUUCCUUCUCGUUUAUACCCCACAGCUGGCCCCUUUCAUCCAGUUUAUCGCCUCUUGAGACGCUGAGGCUCCAAUUCAGGCCAUGGAGACCCUUUACUAAUUGGAAUCCGAUUUUGCCUAGACAGUAUCUUGGCAAUGGUAUCAACUCUUCCGCAGCGGCUCAGCCCACUGCUUCCGGGUCAUGGCCGAAUGUUUUACGAGCAACUCCGUAUCGCUUCUCUCCUUCCCUGGUUGCCCAUUGACUAGUGCAGGGAAUAUCCACGAUGCUGACUGGGAAGCGAUGGCGUACUCAACCUAUUUUGUCUUAAUGCAAUUUCCACCCAUGCAAGCCAUCGGCUUUUACUCUAUCGCCUCCGUGAACUGAAUCGAUUCCAAUCGGUCGAUU